AUGGCGGCGCCCGUGCAGCGGCUGCGCGCUCUGCUGCGGCCGGGCUUCCGUACGUACCGGGCCCCGCCGCCCCCGCGCCGCGCGCCGGGCCCCCGCUGGCCGGACCCGGAGGACCUGCUGGCCCCGCGCUGGCAGUCAGGACCGCGCUAUGCCGCCAAGCAGUUCGCGCGGCACGGCGCCUCGUCCGGGGUGCCGCCGGGCUCGCUGUGGCCGUCGGCCGAGCAGCUGCGCGAGCUCGUGGCCCGGGAGCACGAGUGCUGCCCGAGCCUGGCCGCCAUGCAGGAGUCCUUGCGGGCGCGGCGGCAGGCCGAGGAGGAGAAGCGGCGGGCCAGGGAGCAUCACAUCGCUGAGUGCAUGGCCAAGAUGCCAAAGAUGAUUGAGAACUGGCGACAGCAGAAGCGGGAGCGCUGGGAGAAGGCACAGGCCGACAAGGAGAGGAGGGCCCGGCUGCAGGCCGAGGCCCAGGAGCGCCUGGGCUACCACGUGGACCCCAGGAGUGCCCGCUUCCAGGAGCUACUGCAGGACCUGGAAAAGCAGCAGCGCAAGCGCCUCAAGGAGGAGAGGCAGAAACAGAAGAAGGAGGCCCGAGCCGCAGCCCUGGCUGCUGCCUCCACGCAGGACCCGGAGGCUGCCGAGACUCCCCAUGCCUGAGCUCUGGGUCCAAUAAAGCCUGCUGCCUGACCA